AUGCGCUCCUGCUUCGUUCUGAUCAUUUUCCUAGCUGGAAUUUGUAAGUGUCUCUCGCUCAAUUGGAGUGGCAAUACGUUAAAGGAACGAAGCCACACCAGCACCAAUUCUCUCCCCAGUCCACCUUUCAUCUCAACAAUUAAGACCCCAAAAAGGUUCUUAAGAUCCUACGACGCACCUAAGCAAGACAACAUCGGUCAUGAUACGGACGAAAGAGCUGGAAUUUCUGGGAUAGCCAUGAUUGACGAUCUUGCGUACAAGUGGGCGUUGAAGAAUACGAGGGAUCCAAUGGAUGCAUUCCAGCGCUUACAUGUUGUGAAAACUGGCGGCAAAUUGGAAGGCAACAAGGAAUUCAUUCGGUGGCUCCAGUACGUAAAUCGAUACAAGGCGACACGACGAGUCAAGUUCGGUGAGGAUGAGCUGCUCAGCCUUCUAAUGAAAACGAGAGCAGAAGAAGAACUCGUGUCCCUGUUCCAAUCACUUCGACAAUACCCGGACAUUACGAAGAUGGCUAGCGAUAUGCAAGCGUCCAUGAUUUUGAGCUCUGCGUCUAGUCACAGACUGAUCAAUGAGGCAUGGUUAAUGUCCCGAGAAACUCCCGGCGAAGUUUUCAAAAUCUUGCGACUUGGCGAUAACAGCAUCAGUCGGCUAGAGAAUAACCCCCUCUUUAUUCAGUGGCUCAGAUAUGUUACGAUGUACAGGGCUGUACACGGACGGAUUUGGAAACACUAUUUAAGCGUUUCUCGACUGUACCACAAUUUAAAUUUUUUAAUUCAAUCGUUGCAGAACUUCCCAGAUUUGGAGAAACUCGCACUAAGCUUACAGACCCACCUCUAUCGGAAAUGGAUGAUCGAGAUCCAGCUUACCCCAUCUGAGCUCUUGGGUCUUCUAGAGACAACCAGAGUCGCGAGAAGUGAUCCCAAAUACCGCAAUUUGGAAGCUUACACCAUGUACUUCGCUGAAAGCCGAGGUGGUACGCCUUUGUUGAAUAAAUUGAAAACGCUGUUCACGGAUGUCGAUCCCUACGCAGCACUGUCUGCCGCUUCGAGCGCCUAG